AGUAAUUAAGUAUAUUUUUCCCCUAAAAUUGUGCUCACUUCGUAUAACCCGUCUCUGUUGUUGUUGUUGUUGUUUUUUUUUUGGUGAAUACCCAUCUCUGUUGUUGCACUCACCGGCUAUGGAAUUUGAGUCUCUCCAACGACGUCGUUCAAGCAGUGUCAGUGCCAACCAGAACAACGCUUCUAUCAGAGAGAAGAGGCCGAAACGCAGUGAGGUAAUCGCCAAGAAGAAAACCAUUGAAGAACUCAUCAAAACAGCACGUGCCGAAAAAGACCACCUCGCUCCUUUCCCCGACUUUCGACGUUUCCACGUAAACGGUCUCUCUGUGUGUUUGAAGUCAGGACAUGGCAAUAAACUUUCCUCACCUGUUAAGCAUUAUAUUCAGAGUCUCCUUAAGCUAAACAUGGAAGGACCAUAUGGAUCUGAGUGGCCAGAGGAAGAAAAGGUGAAGCGCAAAGAAAUGGUUUUGCCCGAAGCACAUUAUGUAUUUGUGCAUGAGGUUGCCAAUUCAAAUGCUGAUGAGAUGACGACAGUGUUGACUGCAGCAGAGACUUCAACUUGUUUGGAAGAUAGUGGCCCCUUGGUUGGAUUCGUACAGUAUCGCUUUGUUUUGGAAGAAGAGAUACCAGUGCUUUAUGUUUAUGAAUUACAGCUUGAGCCUCGUGUUCAGGGCAAGGGAGUGGGGAAGUUUCUAAUGCAACUUGUUGAGCUUAUGGCACAAAAGAGCCGUAUGAGUGCUGUCAUGCUGACUGUUCAAAAGGCUAAUGUAGUAGCUAUGGAUUUCUAUAUAAAUAAGCUAAGAUACAUCAUAUCAGCUAUGUCACCUUCAAGAGUCAAUCCAAUGAUGCAGUUGGAGAAGAGUUAUGAAAUACUUUGUAAAGCAUUUAAUGAUGAAGCUAAAACUAUUCUGGAGGAUAGAGAGGAUGAGUUGGACCAGUUGGACAAAGACGGCUCAAGUUAUUAGUCCCAUUUUUAUAGACUUCUUUACUCUACCAAUCGAGUGCCCUUCUUUAUUGGGUUCUUUUUUUGUUUCUUUCUUCUCUUCUCUAUCCAUUUAGAACAAUUCUAUUUUGUCACAUUGUAGACGCCUGCUGUUCAAGACAAAGUGGGUCUAACUCACCCAUGUCCAAAUGUUAAUUAUGAAUAUAAGGAUGGUGUGUAACACAAAUAUUUAUCAUUCAAAGUUUGUCUGAAAUUAAAGUGAGGACAUGUGCAGACUGCAGACAAUAAUUUUAUUGCUAAAUAAAAGCCAAUGGUGCUUGACAGGGCUACGGCCUA